UUCAACAAAUCAAGGAUGUUAAGGUCAAGCCUAGCCCCUGACACAUUUCCUUUCAGCAACUCGAAGGGAAGGCUGCGAGAGCAAAGAUACUGUCGGGAUGUGAGUUGUGAAGAAAAGGAAUUGCCUGGACGCCACAUUCCCUCAACCCAGGCUUGGCCUGUGGGGAUGCCUGUAUCCGCCUCCACCGUGGAGCCGCGAGGCAAGAUGUGGGGACUGAUGCUCUCCUCUCUCGUCCUACUACAGGCCUUCUCCGUGCCCGGAGGGACUGCUGAGAGUCCCCAGAGCGACCGCACCUGGUGUCACGGUUCUGGGGCCUGUUACAGCGUCCACCUGGGCAGCCUGAACUUCCACCGGGCCCAGAACGCCUGCGCCGCGUACGGCGGAGGCCUGAGCACGGCGAGCGACAAGGCCGAAGUCCAGGCCAUCCUGACUCUACUGAGAGGUGUAGCCAACGGGCCAGGCGUCUCCAUGUUUUGGCUGGGUCUGGUUCGGAAAGCUCAGCAGUGUACCAUCGAAGAGCUGCCACUUCGGGGUUUCACCUGGGCCCCUGCCGGGCUUCUGGAGGCGAAAGCGGUGAACGAAACCGCGGAGCAGACCCUGUCCUGGGUGAGGGAGCCGAGCAAGUCGUGCACGAAGCCGAAGUGCGCCGGCCUGCAGGUGACUUUUGGAGCGCCCUUGUUGGAGUCUUGGGGCCUGAUAGAGCUCGCCUGCACCAAGGCAAACUCCGGCUAUAUUUGCAAGUAUAACUAUGCGGGCGCAUGCCCUGCGCUCCACCCGCCUGGCGCUCGUAGUCUGCAGUACACGCUCCCUUUCCGGGUCCAAAGCGCGGCCGUGGAGUUCAGCCCGCCCGGCACGGUGCUCACCCUUAGGUGCCCGGGGCGUGAGGCGCGCUUCACUUGCCGCCCGUCGCCCGACGGCUACCAUUGGGAAGGCACAGAGCACGGGCUCUGCUCCUGCCCUAGCGGUUACUGGAACCCUAGCAAGGGAGCCUGCGUGGAGCCUGCAGACUGCCUCGGUGCCCACAGCACGUUCCUCUGCCUGUGCGCUUGGGGCUCCGGCUUGGCGGCGAGCGAAAAGUCCUGCCUGCCACCGGCCCAAACAGGAGCAGCCCUGACGACUGCUGCCCUGCCUACAACCCCGGCUUUCCUGUCAAGCAGCACUUCAGGCAGCCUGCCUGGUCAGAACAACUCCCUGCAGGAGGCUUUUCCUUCUGAGGUGGACAACAGCAGCUUCCCUGGAGCGGAGAAGCCCUUGAUUUAUGCCGACUCUUCCAACUAUGUCUUCAUCCUGAUCACCGUGGCUGUGGUGAUGCUGGUGAUCCUAGUCAUGGUCGCGCUGCAGGCCUUCCAAGUCUGCUCUAAGUGCUUCAAGGGAUGUCAGUCCAACAAGGACGGAGCUCCGGCUGCAGCGCUAGAAGGCGAUCCGGAGGCCUCCGCCACCUGCACCAAUUCUGAACAUUCCCUGGGACCAAGCAAGGCAGAGUCUGCAGAGGCUUCUCGGGAUGAUCCCAAGCCACUGGACAGUUGGAACUAGAACAACCAUAAGGGGACUGGGACUAUGUUUGCAAGAGAUAAUGGACUAGCAUUCAGAGAAGGUGGCUUUCAUAGGACAGGGAUGUGGAAUCUGUGGCCCUUUAGUUAUUAUUGAACGACAGCUGGCGAAACUAGGGCUGAUGGAAAUUUGAGGCCAGCAACAACUGGAGCCCCUGAUCAAGGGACUUUGUGUGUGUGUAUUUAAAUUGAGGUUUGUGGGUUAUAGAUGCAGAACUAGAAGAUUCAAUUUUAUGUGAAAGGAGAUAUCUUGCUGCCUGAGGAAACAGGCUGGUUCCUUGUUUAGUGGGGCCCUGGUCAACAUGCCUUUGGUGAGAUUCCCAACCUUCUCUUUCCAUAGUGGGCCCAAUCCCAUCUGCUAAACUGAGCGAGAGAGAGAGAGAGAGAGAGCAGGUGAACAAGUGAGCAAGCAAAGGUAGCAGGUAUGUCUUGCAGGGUUGGUGAUGCUCAUUCACCCAAGCUGGGGAGGCAGGAGCAAAGAGCAGUCUCUGUGUCCAUUCACUUGCCUGCACUGCCCUCUCUCUGGAUGGCAUUGCAGCUGAGGCUGCACUCUUCGGGCAGUGCUGUGAGCAAAGGCAGCUCAGACAGCCACAUCAAGCUCCACUUGCUUGCUCACCUGCACUGUCUUGAUGUUGCAGCAGUUCGGACUGGACUCGGCAUUGCCCACAGAGAGAAGGCAGGCAAGUGGGUGAGCCAGUGGAGGGAGGUGGUGACUGUAAGGAGUUGCUGCCUUAGCUUACUCAUCUGGCUGUACUCCCUUUCUCUCUGUUUGGACAGUGCAGUAAUUAGAUGGUCAUGGUCUCAGGGUGCCCAAUCCUCUGUGAUGCCUAGUGGAAGAGGGUACGCAAUUGCUGUUCCUCACCAUCAUACACCAGCUGUCAUGUCAAGCACUUAGCUUUCCUUCCUUUUAACCUCAAAAUGCUAAUAUUAUUGUUGUCAUUUCUCAGUUAACAUGUUAAUGCUAAGGGCUGAUCAGAACUCCACAGUGUGCUGGAAGAUACAGAUGCAUUGGCUCUCAUAUGUGUUAAGCUGCUUGUCUAACAGUGCAAUCCUAUACAUAUCUACUUGGAAGUAAGUGCCACUGAGUUCAACAGAAAUUACUUCCAGGUAAAUGUGCAAGAUGGCAGCUUAAGAUAUCUAACAGCAGGGAUGAGGAACCUGAGGGGUUCCAGGUGUUGUUGGACCCCAACUUUCAUCAGCCUCAGCCAGCUUGGACAAUGGUCAAGGAAGAUGGGAGUUAUAGUCCAGCAACAUCUAGAUAGCCAUAGGUUACCCAUCCCUGUCUUAGGCAGAAUAACAUUUUAUGACUAAAAUUGCUUGCCAACAUUUAUUUUGAAUCGGAUGUUUCCCUUAGUUCCUGCUAGUCUCUUUUGGCACCAGUGCUAUUCUGUACACUUGUGCAUGUGGAGAUCAAUUUGUCAGACUUAAACAAAUAUCCUGAAAUCUAAGUAUUGUGUUUUGAUUGACUCAUGGAUUGGAUGCAUGAGAAGUGUGGACCAGCACAUACUCAAUUUUUCCAUGCAAAAGCUGUAUCUGUUCCAAUUUCCUUAAGUGGGAAUUCCAAAAACCUACAAAGGUAUACUACUCAAAUGGCUCUCGUGGCUAGCUUAUACUCAUUCAUAGCUCUAAAGCAGGGAUUCCCAAACUGUGGUCCAUGAGCUUCGUUCAAGUAGUCCAGGGCAUGCCUGCAUUAAAUAUUCAUACUGAUUUUUCAUUGCAUCUUAUUGCUUCUUUUCUUUCUUAUAUCGUAUUACAAUAUUAAUUCUAUGGAAUGCAAAUUGUACAAUAAAAUACAAUAGAAGAAAUAAUAGAAGCAAAAAAAUACAAUUAAAUAUCAUACAGCAUCUAGGGGAGCACAUUACAGUGGCUGCAACAGGCAGAAAAAUCAUUAAGUGGUCUGCCAAGGCCAUUAGUAAUUGUCAGGUGGUCCAUGUGAAAACAAGUUUUGGAACAACUUCUCCAAAGAGCUUUGUUCUUUACAGGGUGCAUAUCUGUCAAGAUUUAACUGAGGGUCUAACUUACUUGACAACCUUCUUCCAUAUCAGUCUUCCAAUUAAUUGAUGUCAUCUGGAGGCUUUUUGGGAACCUUUGACAACUGAGGUGUGAUGGUGGUGACUGGGAGGAGUGCCUUCUUGGUGGUGGCAGUGGCACCCAGGUUAUAGAAUGCUUUUCCCAGGGCGGCUCCCCUGGCACUCAUGCUGUUUGUCUUUUCAUAACCAGGCAAAUACCUUUAUAUUUUCCUAAACAUUUUAUCCCUAAAUUGAUUUAUCUAAUGCUGCGUUGUAGCUUUUAAUUUUGUUAUAUUAUGUAUUUCUGUUUUUAUAUGGCUAAUAGUUUUAUUGACAGUUUUGGUGUAGCUACCUUGGAAUAUUCUAUUUGAAAGGGAGGGUACAAAAUUUAUUAAUAAAUAAAAUAAAAUAAAUAAAAAUGUUUGAUACACAUAAAUGUGUGUAAUGAGAUCAAAAUGGUGUCAUCCAACCCUCCAAUCUGCCCUGAGGCAGAGGUCUCUCUCUCCACCAAGUUUCCUGUUCUGCUGUAGGCUCCCUUGUGCCAGCAGCAUGUGAAAACAGGAAUUCCAGGGAGGGGCUAAGCUGGCCCAAGAUCCACUAGAUCCCUAAUUGGCCCCACUGCCAUCAUUUGAUGUCAUCAGGCCCAGCCCAGGCCCAAUGACUAUAAAGCCUGGACCAAACUUUUGCCUAUUCCCCCAACUUCCACCCUGACUGGCAUGAGCAAUGGGGGUUACAGGUGUGGCAGUAGUUCUACUGCUCUUGCCGUGCCUCACUGAUGCCCAGCCAAGGUUUGAUUUGCUCUGCCACUUCUUCACCACACCAGCACUAUGGGAGGGGGCAAUUCAGAAAGAAAAGAAGACAAGGAAAGAAUAGAUUUUAAAACAAAUUGAUUACCCAAUGGAAAAACUAGUGUUACCAAAUGAUACUUGGUCUUUCCAAGGGGGUGGGGAGAAUUAAAUUCAUUUAAUGUUCUAACAGCCCGAUCCAAUGAGUUUAGCACACCUAACUUUGCAUAUGAUUGUGCUGUACUACAAAAAUUGUGAUCCAGUAGCAACGGUGCAAUAUCCCACACCAAUAUACUGGUCCUGAUCCAGGUCAGUGUAUUUGUUGCACACACAACCCUCUCUGAUCCAGAUCAUUCAGAAAAGCCCUUAAUUUCCACACAAGCCACAUUUUGCAACAAAUGUGUAUAAUAAUAAUAUAUUUUAUAGCAUUGAUACUCCUAAUAUUCAGCUAUUUAAAGCACAGAGAACCCAUUAAUAUGGAAAAGGCUGGGAUCACACAUUCUAUCUAGUACAGUAGGACACUAUAUCCUCUUGUCACUCUUUAAAUCUUAUUUCUAGACCAUUAAUUAUUUCUAAGACACUUGAAAAUCAUAUACAUCUUGAAGCAGUGGGGGAAUGUAAGGUAUGAUUAUGAAUUUGUUGUUAUGUGCCUUCAAAUCAAUUACGACUUAUGGUUACCCUAUGAAUCAGUGACCUCCAAAAGCAUCUGUCAUGGACCACCCUGUUCAGAUCUUGUAAGUUCAGGUCCGUGGCUUCCUUUAUGGAAUCAAACCAUCUCUUGUUUGGUCUUCCUCUUUUUCUACUUCCUUCUGUUUUCCCUAGCAUUAUUGCCUUUUCUAGGGAAUUAUGUCAUCUCAUCAUGUGUCCAAAGUAUGAUAACCUCAGUUUCAUCAUUUUAGCUUCUAGUGAUAGUUCUGGUUUAAUUUGUUCUAAUACCCAAUUAUUUGUAUUUUUUGCAGUCCAUGGUGUGUGCAAGGCUCUCCUCCAACACCACAUUUCAAACGAGUUGAUUUUUAUCUUAUCCACUUUUUUCACUGUCCAACUUUCACAUACAUACAUAGAGAUUGGGAAUACUAUGGUCUGAAUGUUGCUGACUUUAGUCUUCAGUGAUACAUCUUUGCAUUUGAGAACCUUUUCUAGUUCUCUCAUAGCUGCUCUCCCCAGUCCUGGCCUUCUUCUAAUUUCUUGACUAUGGUCUCCAUUUUGGUUAAUGACUGUGCUGAGGUAUUGAUAAU